CAUCGACCCCUCGCUCACACCCCCGCCAUGGCCCACGCGCUGGGUGCGCGCAGCAGCGGCGUGCCCAGCGUCGGCCCGCCGGCGCCGCAGCUGCCGCGCGCCACCUUCCGCCACCUCCUCUCCGCCGGCUCGCUCGUGCCCGCCAACCCGCUGCGCGUCAUUGCGCACUGCGACGUCGACGCCGCCUACGCGCAGAUGGAGGGCGCACGGCUGGGCGUCGACGCACACGCCGUGCCGCUGUGCGUGCAGCAGUGGAACGGGCUCAUCGCCAUCGGCUACAAGGCGCGCGAGUACGGCAUCAGCCGCCACGAAACCGUCGCCGAGGCGCUGCGCAAGUGUCCCGGCCUCGUGCUUGUGCAUGUGGCCACGUAUGCCGCCGGCUCGACGGCCGCCGAGUAUCAUCCCGACCCGAGCCCCACGACGCACAAGGUCAGCCUCGACCUGUACCGGCGCGAGUCGCUCAAGAUCCUCGCCAUCUUCAAGCGCUGCUGCCCGCUCGGCGCCGUCGAGAAGGCGAGCAUCGACGAGAGCUACUUUGACCUGACGAUCGAGGUGCGCAAGCUCAUGCUCGAGCUCUUUCCGUACCUCGCCUCGCCGCCCGCCGAGGCCGACGGCGGCCUGGACGCCUUCCUGCCCGACCUCGUGCCGACGCCCGCGUGGAGCGCGCUGCAGGGCGAGCUGGCGCCGCGCGACGAGACGCUGCCGUGGACGUGGACCGACGUGGCGCUCAACUGUGGCGCCACCAUCAUGGCACGCGUGCGCGCAACCGUCGUCCAGGAGCUGGGCUACACCACCUCGGCGGGCAUUGCGUCAAACAAGACACUCGCGAAGCUCUGCUCCAGCAUGCACAAGCCUAACAAGCAGACAACAAUGGUGCCGUCGGGCGUGCCGCUCUUCUUGCAGGACCUGCCGUUCCAGAAGAUCCGCUUCCUGGGUGGCAAGCUGGGCGAUGCCGUCGCUAGCGAGUGGGAGUCGUCGAGCGUCGGUGGCUUGUGGAACGUGAGCCGCGAGGAGAUGCGCGCCAAGUUCGGCGAGGAGAGCGACUGGGUGUUCAACGUGCUGCGCGGCGUCGACCACUCGGCCGUGCUGGACCGUGUGGCGACAAAGACGAUGCUGGCGUCCAAGUCUGUGCGGCCACCGAUCCGCACGACGGCCGAGGCGGACCACUGGCUCGGCAUCUUGGCCGUCGAGCUCGCUGGCCGGCUCGCUACAGCGCGCGAAGAGCGGCCCGGCCUAUGGCCCAAGACUCUGACGCUGCGCUACAUCGUCGCAAGCGAGACGCCGCGCUCGCGGCAGGCCGCGUUCCCUUUCGCGCGCGACGUCUCGAUUGAGUGCCUCACCGUGGCGCGCCGGCUGUGGGCCGAGGCGCUGGGCGAGCGUGCCUCGUUUACCGUCGUGACGGUUGCGCUGGGCUUCUCGGGCCUCGAGGCGACGCAGGGCGGGCAGAAGGGCAUUGCGGCGUUUCUGGCCGCACCUGGCGCCUCGCAUGCCUCCGCUGGCGCCUCCGCCAGUGCACCGCGCAAGGAGAUCACUCCGCCUGUCGUGUCGAAGCCGGCCAAGCCGCGUCGCGACGGCAUCGCGGCCAUGUUCCAGCGCUCCGGCAACGCCGUCGCCUCGAGCUCGACGCUCAAGCCGCCGUCGCCGGCCCUCGCUGCUGAUGACAGGCGCAGCUCUGGCUCUCCUGCCGCGCCCGACGAUGCGGACACUUGGCAGUGCGGCGAGUGUGCAGAGCGUCUCUUCUACAAAGACGACCUCGCCGCAGUGCCGCUGCCUCCGCCACCACGAGUGGAAGCGCAGCCCAAGGCACACGCCGCUCCGGCGCUGCCGAACGAGGACGACGACGGCGACUUCUUUGCCUCAGACGACGACAAGGCGGUAGCUCCAGGCGCCAGCGGGCCCGAUGGGUCAGCAGCAGCCGCAGCGGCGGAGCGAGAGACAGAGGCGCGACGCCGCUUUGAGGCGCGCAAGGUCGACCACAGCGACUGGCACUUUGCCAUGGCCCUCUCGGCCGCCGACGCUGCGCCGCGGAUAGCGCCCAGCAGCUCCACCACGGCGCAGGGCUCGGCGAAGCGCAAGGCCGACGCCGAGCGCGACAAGGGCCGCAAGAAGGCUGCGAGGGGCGGGAUCCGCAGCUUCUUCACGUCGUGACGGCGCAACGCAUGGCAAUCUAUGUAUUAGUAGGGG